UUAGAAAUUUGCUGCCUUGAAAAAUUUUACUCAAUUGCAAAUGAAUUGUUGCAUCUUCUGGAACUGUUUUGUCGUUUUGUAUUUGAUAACCGGGUGAAAGUAUACAAUUGAUUGGACGAUAACGUAGCGUUAGAAUCACCUGUCUUGAAUUCAGGGUAAAAUGAGUAGAACCUUGAUACGCCCUGGCAAAAUUACGCUACGAUACACUUGGUUUCACAGGCGGUCUACUUUUGAGAGCGAUAAUCAGCGUUUAAUUUACAUAAUUACUGAGCGAACUGAAAAUUUUUCCAGGGAGAAACGAUCGUGAUUGUCAAGGUUGUGCAACCUUAAAUGGAUGGAUUGCGUGCGAACCAAUUCGCCCGUGUUUCUCUCUGUGAUUCGCAUUCUUCUGAGACCACUUUCUCACGAUGCUCGUUCGUAGACCUUUAACAGUCGUUUCACGAAUACAGAUGUCCAAUAAAAUUUCUCGAAACGCAAUGGAGAUUAACGCGCAUUUCCUAGGAGGAGCUAUCAAACGUCGAGUGGCAAGCAACGUUAUUUUAUUAAACAAAAUGUUGCUGCAGUUGGAAAACAUUUAUAGGAAACAAUUUCGCGUGUACAAAAGGCGAAAUUGUAGUUAUAAAAAGAUUCUUUCCUUUUUACAAUGCGUGGCAAGAAAAUUUAACGAUCAAACGUGGAGAUAAUUGAUCGUUUAUUGUCGUGAGCUUAACCAUUCUUGCGUAAACCUUGCUCAACACCUUGUUGAGAAAUUACGUUCGAAUCGUGUCGUCACGCUUGGCCAAAAUAAUUGCAAAUCGUGUUCACGGGUUCAUCGAUUCCCGGAGGGCUGUCGUAAUUCAGGAAACAAUAACCUGCGGCAAUGCCAACAAACGAUACUUAACGCCGGUGAAACCAUUCGCGACGUUCAUUCUUCGACGGGCCAUUGUUCUAUUUGUCGCUUAUCAGUUGUGCACAAGCGUGUGAUCUUGCAAUUCCCUGCGGGUGAAUGAAUCUCCUGCCACGGUUGUUUACCUUCGUGACGUGGAAGGAUCCGACUUUGAAAUCGGAGUUAGAGGCAUUGUCGCGAAACGAAAGCUGGACUUCCUGCGAUUACUCGAAACAGUUUUUUACCAUUUUGGAAGCUUCACACAGUGGAUCAAGAAGCCGGAAGAAAGUUAUUUCCUUCUCUUCGUUUAAUGUGAAGGCAAAUAGAGAAAUAUCAAGAAAUUCCACGGUGUUAUUUUGAGAGAUUGAGGUUUCAUAGCUACUAUAAGUAGUAAUCAAUUGUUUCUUUUGUACUUUUCAAAUUGUUAGACAUGUGCAUCAACUGCUAUAAGUAGUAAUCAAUUGUUUCUUUUAUACUUUUUAAAUUGUUCAGACGUGUGCAUCAAGCAUCUGUUGCAUCUAGCAAGUACCGCUAGAUCCAACGUAGCUUAUCCAUUCACUAUACUAGUAAACACAAACCAGCUGGAAUCUACCAUUUUGCAAGUUCAAAUUAUAUCGGCCAGUCGGUCAAUGGUUGCAGAGGAUUUGAAGAUACUAGAAAGAAUCUCUACAUCGUCGUUCACGCUUGCUCUUUAACCCCUUGCCCUGGGAGAGAUCUGGACUACUUAAAAAUUAACUGAUAUCUACAAUGAAAUCUCAUCUUACAAAAAUGAGAACGUACGGUUCAAGUGCGUAGCUUUCGUUACCUAUUUUCUUUUACAAAAACGUAUUUCACUGUGUUAACAAACGUUCCAAGAUGAAGAGGUGAAGAAUAAAGGAUCUGAAACAAAAAUAAAAUUCACUUACUCUUGUAACUUCUUGCAGUAAAAAGUAACAAGUAAAAUCGAGUUAAAUGUAGCCAUCGUUUGUUCUCUCAGAAGCUCUAACCAUCGAGAAUACGUCUGUGAUAAAAGAAGACGAAAAUGUCCGGACGAUGACAUAGAUAAAAGAUGGAUAAAAGCCGAGUAAAAGGUUUCUCAGAGCGCGGCUAAGCGUCCCGUGUCUGUCCUCCUGGAUAAAGAGGAUCAGUCGAAGUUCCGUUCCUGCAACGAAGAGACUCGGGGUCACGGGGUUCAACAAAAUAGUGAAUCACGGGUCGAAGAAACAAAUGUUUCGUGGUAGAAAAGAGUGGAUCUUCCUGUAGAGGGAACCAAUGGACCAGGAGCGUUUGAUAAGACUGGACUGGAGUGUGCCAGUGACCAGGAUUUUGAAUUCAACUUUGAAGAACAGUGUGAAUUAUACAGUGUGGAACAAAGUCUGAACGAUUGUCUUAUAAAGCAGAAAUAUUUCCAUAUUCACAAAAGUGGCAAAAGUUUGGAAUUGUGCAAAAUGGUUUGCACGUUUAAACAUAAGAGUUGACGAUUUUAUAAAUGAAUGAAUCUUAAAUGAGAACUGAAGACUUCUCUUUGAUGUUAGAGAAUUUCACGUGACGAUCUUCGUUCGAGAUUCUGUGAAAAUAAUAAUUAAUUUCGAAGAAGACACUUCUGUUUGAUACAUUUUUGUAGUUCAUCAAGUUUGAAUGGGUUCCUUGUGAUUGACAAUGUAUAACGAAUAAUGCGCUUACGCGUGAAACACUGCGAUUUUCCAAUACUGGAAGAACCCAUAGAUCGUAACAUGUUGAAUGAGUUCAGGAUUCGCAGCUGACAUUAAAAGUUCAUUUUCGCAUUUGAAUACAUACGUAUGUGAAUAGAUAUACUCGAUGAGUAACAAAAGGAUCAACGCCGUGUUGAUUUCUCAUCGGCCACGGAUGAUACCUCAUCAAAGGAUCUUCAUCAUAUUUUUUCUUACAAUACUCGUAACAUUGCCUUCUUAUGAAAGUCGUGCCAGGAAUACUCGAAAUACUCAGAAAUUAAUUAGAAAUAAAGAAACGUACAAAUUACCCGAAGAUAAACUUCUGUCCAACUAUAUAAAAGAUGAUUGGGAAAAAGAAAACCUCCACAUAAGACGAAAUAAUGAAACAUGGAGUUCGAUAUCUAUACAACACCAGAAGAAGAAUAAUUAUAUACAUCAAUCUCCAUCUUUUAACUUUACACACAAUCGUACAAAAUAUAAUGAACUAUCAAUGUACAAUGAACAGAAUUUAACACACAAGAGAUUCAAAAGAGGUGUGAUACAUUUGUACAAUAUGGUAGUAUGCGCCACUGGAUGCAAUCCUUUAGCUUACAAGGGAUAUGGAUGCUACUGUGGUUUUUUGGGUUCAGGAUAUGUAAUAGAUGAGAUAGAUAGGUGCUGUAAAAUGCAUGAUUGGUGUUAUGAUGCCACAGAUUGUCCAACGUUUUCAGAAUACUUUGUACCAUAUUAUUGGAGAUGUUAUCAUGGAUAUAAACCAAUAUGUGCUGUUGAGCAUGGAAACUGGGGAGGAUCUGGAUCAUGUGCUCAGCGAUUAUGCGAAUGCGAUCGUUCAUUCGCCGAAUGUUUAAAACGUUAUCCGUGCCCCACAACCAAAGCUGUAUGUACUUCUUCACCUUGGAGAUUGGUGCAAAAUCUUUUUAUGAUUAUGUAGUUAUCAGUAUAGAAUUAUAAAAUUGAAUUGAGAGUUAAUUUAUAAUUUGAUAAUAUUGUGUUCAUGCCAAAGACAAGAAGUGUAGUUUAAUAAAUAUUGUAACAUUUAUUAUAAUAAAAGGUACAAAUUUUUCUAUAACAUUAUAAAGUAACAAGACAAUACACAUUGAAUUUAGCAAGU